AACUAGUAAGAGGUCUGAACCAUUAAGUGCUGAACCAGUAAGAGGUCUGAACCAUUAAGAGCUAGUAUAUUGCUUAACUAUUCAGAGGCAAAUGUCUGAUCAAUUCAGAUAAGAGGUCUUAACCAUUCAGACUCUGUAUAAUACUUAACCAUUCAGAAGCAAAUCUCUUAACCAUUCAGACAUCUGAACCAUUAAGAGGCAGAAACAAACAGUCUGAACCAUCAAGUGCUGAACCUUUCAGACAUCUGAACCAUUAAGAGGUUGAAACAAACAACCCCUUAAUGUUCCCCUGUUAUGGAUGUUUUAAUGCCUCAAUAACUUUAAACACGGCCCCUCUUUAUACGCCACUUUGGGCUCAUUGGCCCAUAUUAUUGAUUAUUGAAUAUUAUCGCAAAGAGCGAACCAUGUUGGAUUUGCUACAUAAAAACGAAACCCUAAAGACCCGAUCUGCGUCGGGCCUAGUGGAAAUGGGAAGGAAGAGAACCCAACGAGAAGCCGAAGUAGCCGCGGCUCACACGACGGGCAAUACUGUUAAGUCCGAUCUUGAGCUCAUCCCCGUUAAUGGAGGCGACACGGAGAAGAAGACAAGUGUGAAAAAGAAGAAGGAACAGAGACGUGAACGAGAGCUGAAGGGAGGAAAUGUAAAGAAAAGCAGACCCGAGAUCGAAGCGGAGUCGGCGAAUGCCGAUUCUAAACAUAAGAAGAAGAAAAACGAAGACUUCGAGGGGAGUAAUUCUGCCCUUUCAAAGGACUUGCCCACAGUCUCCAUUGCCCUUCCGGGGUCUAUCAUCGACAAUGCACAGUCCCUCGAGCUCGCCACUCGCCUGGCAGGACAAAUUGCACGUGCUGCAACCAUUUUCCGGAUAGAUGAGGUUGUUGUGUUUGACAAUGCAGUCAAUUCUCAAGAUAGUGCAGACAUACCCUUGGAGCCCAAUUUAGAUGAAAAUGAAAGCGGGGCAGCAUUUCUCUUUAUGAUUCUGAAGUAUAUGGAGACACCUCAGUAUCUAAGAAAGAGCCUAUUUCCCAUGCAUAAAAACUUAAGAUUUGUGGGCUCAUUACCCCCACUUGAUGCCCCACAUCAUUUGCGGAAGCACGAAUGGGCUCCUUUUCGAGAAGGUGUCACACUUAGAGAUCAACAUCCAAAAGUAGGACAGACACUGGUUGAUGUGGGACUUACUAAGAAUGUACUGAUUGAUCAAGACAUUGACCCAGGGAAAAGGGUAACAGUAUCCAUGGGAACUGACCGUCAUUUGGAAUCAGACAUACCACACAAAGUUGUUUCUACUUCCAUGCCAAGGAAAGUGGCCGGGAUGUAUUGGGGCUAUAAGGUGCGAUAUGCUCCCAACAUUAGUUCCGUAUUCAAGGAUUGCCCCUACAAGGGAGGUUACGAUCAUAUUAUUGGGACCUCAGAACACGGUAUUUCUGUUAGUUCCUCUGAACUUACUCUGCCGCCAUUCACAAACCUAUUAGUUGCUUUUGGUGGGCUUGCGGGGCUGGAAGAGUGUAUUGAAGAAGACAAUAAUUUAAAGGGUAGAAAUGCUCAUGACAUAUUUGAUCUCUAUCUGAACACAUGCCCGCAUCAAGGAAGCAGAACCAUUCGAACUGAGGAAGCCAUCUUCAUAUCUCUGCAAUAUUUUCAAGAACCAAUCAACAGGGUUUUGGGGAAGAGCUAGAGCCGGAGGAGCCUCCCCCCAUGCCAGAGAUGCUGCUAAGAAUUGAAACCGUUGUAGAAUUUUAGACAUGUCACAUUCUGCAAAACUCAAUGAAAGUUGGAAGUCCUUCUGGAAGGCUUUGGGAAGCACUAAUGUGGGGUUACUACACUGAUUCUUGUUAGGGUUCCUUUCGAACUAGGAAAAUACUAGCGAAAGAAAACCUGGAGGAAAAUACAUGAAUUUUUUUUCUUUUGGAAUAAGAAGUGUAGUUUUCACUAGUAUGAUAACUUUUUUUUAAUGUCUAUUCUGAACUCAUUUUAUGCGUCUUAAGUUGUAUGAAGACUAAAUGUAAGCAUUUAUCGGUAAAUUUUACAAUGGUGCCCGACCAUUGAGCGAUGGAUUAUUUUGGUAUUU